ACGAAGAAGACGCGUCAUAUUUUUUUCCCCCUCAUGAUGUGCUGAUUAGCGCCACAGUUUUGCCAUAGAAAUUUGGUGGAAACCUCCCCCCUACCAAAACAAAACAAUGUGACAUUUUUGAACGACUUAAUCUGGUUUGCUGCUUUGCGACAUGUCUGCUCUAAGAGGUACGUCCAGCAACAAGCUGAAUCUAUUGGUCGACAAGCUUCAUGAAUAUUUGGCUCAUUCCUGCAUCGAGGACAGCAAUGGCUCCCCAACAUCAGAGGACUCGAAUGGUCAAACAAACAAACCGUUUUCUGUGGGGAACACAAGAAUGGAUAAUGUUACAGAGACUGGCCUGGACACUAGAUACUCAAGGAGAAAACCUUCAGUAGUUGUGAAGCAUUCUGGACUGGAUGAAUCUGGAGACUCAAACGCAAGCGAAGACUUUGAUCUUCCUGUCACCUCAAAUGGUCACCCUGAUGUCAAUAGAUUGCCUAAAGGUACCGUGCUGGUCAGACCUGAGCCAGUGGACAAUGGAAGAGAUGAAUUCAGAGGUCCAGAGUUUCGUAGUCGCAAGCCAGGAGUCCUUCGGAGGGAGUUUUCAAAGAAACGUUCAGGAGGGCAACACGUGGGAAUUGUGUCUUGCACUGCGUGUGGCCGACAAGUUAACCAUUUCCGGAGAGAUUCCCUUUAUCAACACCCGGUUCUGAAAGUACUAAUUUGCAAGGCGUGCUACAAAUACUACUCAAGUGACGAUAUCAGCAAGGAUGGAGAUGGGAUGGACGAGCAGUGCAGGUGGUGUGCUGAAGGAGGCAACCUGAUCUGCUGCGACUACUGCAGCAACGCCUUCUGCAAGAAGUGCAUUCUCAGAAACCUGGGACGGAAGGAGCUGUCCAGCAUCUUGGAGAGCAAAUGGUACUGCUACGUGUGCAGCCCAGAGCCGCUGUUCGACCUGGUGAUGGCGUGCGACACCGUCCUGGAGAACGUGGAGCCCCUGUGGUCCCAGCAGCGGAGGAGGAACCGAGCGGAGCCGGAGAAGUCGGAGCUGUACCACGCGCUGUCGCCGCGCCUGCCGCAGAACAUCCCGUUGGACAAAUGGGAUCACAGUGGCAUGGACGGCAGCGUGGUCUUCAACUACAACAGCCUGCAGGUUUCUAAAGAUGUGACCAAAAAGGCCAAACAUCUGGUAGACUCGACUAACGCCGUGAACCAAACCUUCAUCGGUUUCAUAGAGACGGUCACGGCGAACCCACAAGCGCCUCGUGUCCGCGCCGCGUACCUGAACUCCUUCUUAGCCGUAGUUAAAGGCCUGCGGAAGUCUCUGGCGGCGCUGGAGGACAGCCUUAAAGAGGAGUUUAGUGACCUGGAUGUGGCGAGCAACUGGGAGAAGAUCCUCAGCAAAGAUUGCAACCACCUCCUGACAAACGCAGGCACGGAGCUGGACCGGUCCGACGAAAGGCGCCUGAGUGGCUUGCAGAAACUGGCCGCCGAGCACUUUGACGACAACGACUCUGACUCCAAAGGGUACAUUGACCUAACCGUCUCAGACGACUGCUCCGGGAAGGAACUGGACCCGUGUCCUCAGAACAUCGGCCUGAAGCCGUGCUCCAGCGAGGUGGACAUGUCGAAGAAGCUCAUCGUCCAACUCACACCUGUGCCCGUGGAGCAGAAACAAUCACCCGGCGUCCCCAACAUGGAGGACGGCUUCCCAGAGGAGGGGAAAAAGUCCAAGGAGAAGGAUGUGUCCGAAGAUGAAGAAAGAGGCAAAGCAAAUGUGAAAGAUGAGAGACCCAUCGACAACACUAACACGCCCCUCUUCCUGAAGGAGAAGCAGGGCAACAGGCGGUCCCCCCGUUUGAAGACCACUCCGUUGCGGCGGCAGAGUGACAUCAUACCCAAGCCGUCGCUCUCGGGAGGAGACAGCGAGAGCGACUCUGACCCCGAGGAGACGGCCAACGCGGUCCCCGCCACGGACAACGACGAGCAAAACCUGAGCAGGUCGAGAGACGACUCCGACUCGGACGAGGUCCCCGCCGCGCUGCUGGAGCGGGCGGCGAUGACGCAAAGCUCGGACGAGCCUCAGAGCGACCAGGACGGGAGCGAAGCGCCGCCCGAGAAGGUGGCCAAGAAAUGUCUGUUUUGGCUCACCAAGAACAGCCCCAUGUCGCCCGAGAGCCUGCGGCGGAAACGCAAGAUGCUGGACCGCUCCUCCGAGUCCGAGCUGAGCAGCAGAGCGGUGAAAGCUCGCCAGGAGAGCGGCACGGACUCCUCCAGCGACGAUCAGGACCCUCAGAAGGAAAUACAGCACCUGAGUACGGUGAGGACAAUCGGGAAGCCUCACCUCAGGAGGAGAGAAGAGGAAGGCGGGGUGAGGAAGCAGAAGAGGAUGCAAACCAGGAAGUCUAAGGGGAAACCUCCUCAGGACAUGACUGACUCGUCGUCUUCGCUGAGCGACGACGAGCAAGACGACGACUCUGAGAGCGACAUGAGCGACCAGAAGAUGAAGCCAAUCACAGAAGACGUGGCGUCGCUCGGAGUAGCAGCUUUCCAACAAUCAUCAGGCGAUGAAGAGCAGUCUGGGCCCUCGUGGGCAGCAGAAGACGACGAAGAUCCUGAAAAUAGAAUCGCUAAGAUAUUGCUAUUGGCCCAAAUUAAAGCCAACCUCUCUUCGGAUGGGGACAUUUCUUCUGAAGGGGAAACUCAGGAGGAUCAGUCUGACUCGGAUGGCGACGGGGAACCUAGUCAAGGCAAUGAGGAUAAUGCGACAAAUGAACACGGAGAGGACCAGGCUUCAUCAGACAACAUGCUUGAUGAGCCAAAGUCCACACACCCUCUUCUCCGCCACAAGCUCUCACUAGAUGAGGGAGCUUCAAGUGACAAGGCAGAGCCUGAGGGUGAAGUAGGGAUGCAGAUGAAAAGAAGAACCAAGCGGAAACGGCCUUUUUCUGGCAGUGAAGGUUAUAGUGAAGGUAGUGAUGCGAUGGAGAUGAGCGAGGUGCUGAGCGAGUCCGAGGAUGAGGCUGGUGAUGACGGACUUCACAGCUCCAGUUCUGACCGAAAAGAAAAGAAAACGGCUUAUAGUUUUAAACCGAAGUCGGAAGUGCCUUGCAUUUGGUUGUCUGACUCCAGUACUGAAAAGAGCGACGAAGAGGGAGCAAAUGAGGAGAACAGCGAAAGUAUACUUACCCCAAAAGGACGCAGAAAGAUUCGCAAGAUUAUCGACUAUGAGGGCCUCCGUGCUGAGACUCAAGAAGCCCUGAGAGAGGAGGAGGAGAGACGUCUGCGUUUGGCUGAGAGAGUGCAACAGAUGGAGGAUUGGAGAGAGAUAACUGUAAUCCCAGAUGAGCUGUCUCAAGUAGACUGUCCCGUCACAACCAAGCUGGUCCUGGACCAGGAUGAAGAGACCAAGAAGCCACUUGUUCAGGUGCACAGGAACCUGGUUACCAGCCUGAAGCCUCACCAAGUGGACGGUGUCAAGUUCAUUUGGGACAGUUGUUGCGAGUCUGUGAAGAAGGCCAACUCGUCUCCCGGAUCAGGAUGUGUCCUGGCACACUGCAUGGGUUUGGGCAAGACUCUCCAGGUGGUGGCGUUCCUUCACACAGUUCUGCUCUCAUCAAGCCUGAAGUUCAGAACAGCCUUGGUGGUUUGUCCGCUUAACACUGUCCUCAACUGGGUCAGUGAAUUCAAGAAAUGGCAGCACAACCUUGGAGAAGAUACAGUCAGGGUUUCAGAGCUGGCCACUGUAAAGGAUCACGUGGAACGUCUUAGAGCUCUGCAGAGGUGGCAGAGACAAGGAGGACUUAUGAUAAUGGGGUAUGAGCUGUACCGCAUCCUGUCGCAGAACACCCAGUUCACCAACGAGGAGUGGAAGAAGGAGCUGAAGAGCGCAUUAGUAGACCCAGGUCCAGACUUUGUGAUUUGUGACGAGGGCCACAUUCUUCGUAACGAAGCGUCGAGGAUCUCCAAAGCCAUGAACGCCAUCAGGACCCAAAGGAGAGUGGUGCUAACUGGUACCCCGCUUCAAAACAACCUCGUGGAGUACCACUGCAUGGUCAAUUUCAUCAAGAAGAACCUCCUGGGCUGCCUGAGCGAGUUCAGAAACCGCUUCAUCAACCCCAUUCAGAACGGCCAGUGUGCCGACUCCACGCCCAAAGACGUGCGGAUCAUGAAGAAGCGCGCCCACGUUCUUCACGCGGUGUUGGCUGGAUGUGUGCAGAGAAGAGAUUACUCGGAGCUAGCUCAGUUUCUGCCCCCCAAACACGAGUAUGUACUGUUGGUGAGGAUCUCCCCACUUCAGCACAAGCUGUACCGCUACUACCUGGACCAUGUUGCAAACAAGGAGAGGUUUACAGGUGAAGCCUCCACGACCAGCAAAACAAAACCGAGAACCGGCGUCAACCUCUUCAAGGAUUUCCAGGUCCUCGGUCGGAUCUGGAGUCAUCCGUGGUGCCUUCACCUCACCGACCUCACCAAAGUAAACAGCAAGACGAAUUCUCUCAAGAAGAAUCUGUUUCAGAUGGCAGCUCAGUUGUUAAACGCAGAGGCAAUUUUAGCUAAGAGUGGACUUGAAGAGAAUAAAGAGAAGGAAGUGAAUAAGAUCGGGAACGGCACCAUGUCUGCUGAGGUGCCCCAAAUACCCAGAGUGGUGGAAGGAGAAGAAGCAGCCAUCAGCUCAGAGUCUCAGAGUCCCAAGCAGCCAUGGUACAAGCAUCUGCUGUCCGAAAGUGACGCCAAAAUCAUGGAGCAUUCGGGGAAAAUGGUGCUUUUGUUUGAAAUCCUCCAGAUGGCCGAAGACCUGGAGGAAAAAGUGCUGGUGUUCAGUCAGUCCUUGGUCUCACUAAACCUCAUUGAAGAGUUCCUCACUGCUUCUCACAAGGCCAGAGACCCUUCAUCAUCCCUCAAAAAGGGCAGAUGGAUUAAAGACGUGGAUUACUAUCGGCUUGACGGCUCUACCAGCGCUUCAUUAAGGAAGAAAUGGGCUGAUCAGUUUAAUAACACAGACAACUUCCGAGGCAGAUUGUUUCUGAUUUCAACGAGAGCCGGCUCACUCGGGAUCAACCUCGUGGCUGCUAACAGGGUCGUCAUCUUCGACGCUUCGUGGAACCCGUCGUACGACGUACAGAGCAUAUACAGGGUGUAUCGCUUUGGCCAGCUAAAACAAGUGUUUGUCUACCGCUUGUUGGCUCAGGGAACCAUGGAGGAGAAGAUCUACGAUCGACAAGUGACCAAGCAGUCUCUCUCCAACCGAGUCAUUGAUCAUCAACAGAUCGAGAGACACUUCACUCUUUUUGAACUGACUGAGCUCUACACAUUUGAGCCAGACCUCCUCGACGAUCCAAACUCUAAGAAAAGCAAGAGACCGACGCCUAUUCUACCAAAGGACAGCAUCCUAGCACAGCUAUUGCAGAUCUGCAAAGACUGGAUCGUGUCUUACCAUGAGCACGAAUCCCUACUGGACCACAAGCAGGACGAAGAGCUGAGCGAGGCAGAGCGCAAAGCUGCGUGGGCCGAGUACGAAGCCGAGUCAAACAGUGCCAAACUCCAAGCCAGCUCAAACCUGGACACGUUGCACAGGAAGACCAAUGAGCAGCUACUGGAACUCCUCAACUCAAGCAGAACAAGUUUAUCAGUGGCUCUCCAGAACCUGCAGAAGAUAAGGACUCACGCUAUUGAAGACUACAUCGCACAACUGCGCCUACAGUACCCCCUCCUGGCUGAGGCGGAGCUGCUGAUCAAAGCUGAGCUCUGGAAACAGGCCGACGAUAACAGACGGGAAGUCUCCCAGGCCGUUUAUCGAGACUCUCUCACGCAGUAUCAGUCGCUCACGCUCAAAAUUCAGGCCAUCCUCAAAAGCCGGCGAACUCCUGUGGCGCCCGCCUCUCUCAACGCUUCUCACCAGCCUGGGUAGACGCCAGCGAGGAAUCCAUGCCUUCGACUGGAAGGAGACACAUGAAUGUUUUUGGUCUUUGCUACUUUAUUCCCUUUGCUUUACCUCUCGUUCAUUGCAGAGCUGAAUGUAAAAUUGUAUUUUAUGCAAACAGAGGAAUCCUCUGGUUCUUAAUAUGCUGCGGUGUGGAUCAUUGCUGCAGUUUGGGAGGGCACUUUAACUGAAGCUAGUUCGCAAAUGUAUUUUUAUAUGUGGGAGAAUGAGGUUUUAUGUGCCUUAAAAGGUAAAAAGAAGUUUUACUGUUGGGGUAAUUUUACCUUUCUACUAAAUUAAACUUGUUUUUGCACUGAUGCCUCUGAUUGCAGUAUAUGUUGUUUUCAGGGUGCU